AUGCCUGCUGGUAUGCUGCUGUCUGUUUGCAGUUCUGACCCCAUGGAGAGGGACCGCGGGAUGUUUAAAGCGGGCUCUGCCUCUGGACUCUCCUCUUACUGCCCUCUGCCCGGUCCAAACUACAUGAGCCUCCUGAAGAACACCCACGCUCCCCUGCAUCCCCCUCUCCACCCGCUCGGCCGGCUGCUCUCAGAUGCCCCUCCGCUGAUGCCGUUCCCUUUCAGUGGAGUAUCGCCAUUCUUCAACCAGAACUCCUCACGUCCGGCCAUCCAGGAGCCAGCCUUCGGUCUGUCCGGCCUGCCGUACAUUAGACAGACAGUCCAGACUCAGCCUGACGAGUCAUUACAGAGCGUACCUGACCCCGCCUGGCCUUUCAGCAGUCUAUCUGCAGAGAAAUCUUCUUCCUCCUCCUCCUCUACUUCAUCUUCUCCAGUUAAACAUACUCCAGAACCUUCACAUACCUACAGCUUCACCCAGGAGGACCUGUUCACUGUGCUCUAUGGCUACUCCAAGCACCAAAAUAAAAGAAUCUCCACACUGACUUUGUCCAACUCAGUAUGUGAUGUCGCUGAUGUUGAUACUGAAGGUCUGGAGCUUCCUGAAGGUUUGCUGGUGCAGCAGUCAAGCUGUGGGAGCACAUCCCGUUUGGGGGUGUUUGUGAGUAAAAGUUCAGUUCCUAAAGGUCGGCGGUUCGGACCCUUCAAAGGGAAACUCGUCAACACCAGUGAAAUCAAAACACACGAUGACAACACGCUCAUGUGGGAGAUUUUCGAGCAUGGCCGGCUGAGUCACUUUGUGGACGGUCGUGGGGCGCGUGGUCACUGGAUGCGUUUGGUCCAGUGCGCUCGGUUCCCUGAGGAGCAGAACCUGGUGGCCCUGCAGGUCAAAGGUCAGAUCUAUUAUGAGGCCUGCAGGGAGGUGAUGCCUGGACAGGAGCUGCUCGUCUGGUACGGAGACGCUUACAUCCAGUUCCUUGGCAUUCCACUGACUCUAAAAGAGUUCGGAGAGGACACCGAAGUGAUAAUGCCAGCAGAGGACUCAGCAGAGGGCUACAGGUGUGACCGCUGUGGGAAGGUGUUUGCAUACAGGUAUUACAGAGAUAAACACCUAAAGUACACACGCUGUGUGGACCGCGGUGACCGCAGCUUCCCCUGUAACCUCUGCAGCCGGUCAUUCGAAAAGAGAGACCGUCUCAGAAUUCACAUCCUCCAUGUCCACGAGAAACACCGGCCGCACAAGUGCUCGGUGUGCGGUAAAAGUUUCUCUCAGUCGUCCAGUCUCAACAAACACAUGCGUGUCCACUCGGGGGAGCGGCCGUAUAAGUGUGUGUACUGCAGUAAGGCAUUCACAGCGUCCAGUAUCCUGCGCACUCACAUCCGGCAGCACUCGGGCGAGCGGCCGUUUAAGUGCAGUCACUGCGGCAAAGCCUUUGCCUCACAUGCUGCACAUGACAGCCAUGUCCGCCGCACACACGCCAAAGACAAACUGCUGUCCUGCGCAGUGUGUGGCUGCGUGUGUUCUGGAGCAGAAGAGCUACAGAAGCACAUGAAGAACCAUGAGAAGUGGUCAGUGUGGGAGAGUCCAGCAGGAACAGAAGACACACUUGCCCACAAACACCGACCAUAA